CCUUCCCGGCUCCUCCUGCUUACUCUUCCCGCAGCCCUCGCUUCUCUCUUCUAAUCUGUGGCAGUGGGCGGUUUGUCCUCCUCUGUGCUCCAUUUUAUCUUCUGUCUGCGCUCGCCCAACGGCGCGUGCUGCUUCCCUACUCCUUCCCUUUGGGUUGUUUUUCCUCCCUUUCUAGUUCUUGGCCCGCCCCCUCCUUUCUUUUUUUUUCGUUCCUUCCCCUAUCCUCCUGACCCCCGCCAUGAAUGAGGAAUACGACGUGAUCGUGCUGGGCACCGGCCUCACGGAAUGUAUCCUUUCUGGGAUCAUGUCAGUAAAUGGAAAGAAGGUCCUUCACAUGGAUAGAAACUCCUAUUAUGGAGGUGAAAGUGCAUCCAUUACACCACUGGAAGAUUUAUAUAAGAGGUUUAAUAUACCAGGAACACCACCAGCCUCAAUGGGAAGAGGACGAGACUGGAAUGUGGACCUAAUCCCCAAAUUCCUUAUGGCAAAUGGUCAGUUGGUUAAGAUGCUGCUUUAUACAGAAGUCACCAGGUAUUUGGACUUCAAAGUAACUGAAGGAAGUUUUGUCUACAAAGGAGGGAAAAUCUACAAAGUUCCUUCCACAGAGGCUGAAGCCUUGGCAUCUAGCUUGAUGGGGCUUUUUGAGAAACGUCGGUUCAGGAAAUUUUUAGUGUAUGUUGCCAACUUUGAUGAAAAAGACUCCAGAACCUUUGAGGGUGUUGAUCCUAGGAAGACUACAAUGCGAGAUGUGUACAAGAAGUUUGAUUUGGGCCAAGAUGUCAUAGAUUUCACUGGCCACGCUCUUGCCCUUUACAGAACUGAUGACUAUUUAGAUCAACCAUGUUAUGAAACCAUCAACAGGAUUAAACUUUAUAGUGACUCUUUGGCAAGGUACGGCAAAAGUCCAUAUCUUUAUCCACUAUAUGGCCUUGGAGAACUGCCUCAAGGAUUUGCAAGGCUAAGUGCCAUUUAUGGAGGUACCUAUAUGUUGAACAAGCCAAUUGAAGAAAUCAUUGUAAAAGAUGGACAAGUGGUUGGUGUGAAAUCUGAAGGAGAGAUUGCUCGUUGCAAGCAGCUCAUCUGUGAUCCUAGUUAUGUAAAAGACAGAGUAAAAAAAGUAGGCCAGGUGAUCCGAGUCAUCUGUAUCCUAAGCCACCCAAUUAAGAAUACCAAUGAUGCCAAUUCAUGCCAGAUCAUCAUUCCACAGAACCAGGUCAACCGGAAAUCAGAUAUCUACGUUUGCAUGAUUUCUUCUGCACACAAUGUGGCUGCACAAGGAAAGUAUAUUGCCAUUGUUAGUACUACUGUGGAAACCAAAGAACCUGAGAAAGAAAUCAGACCAGCAUUAGAGCUUUUGGAGCCAAUCGAACAGAAAUUUGUUAGCAUCAAUGAUCUGUAUGUUCCAACUGACUUGGGAACAGAAAGUCAGAUCUUCAUUUCCCGCACUUAUGAUGCUACAACUCACUUUGAGACAACUUGUGACGAUAUUAAAGACAUCUACAAGAGGAUGACAGGGUCUGAGUUUGACUUUGAAGAAAUGAAACGAAAGAAAAAUGACAUUUAUGGGGAAGACUAAUAGCAGUAAUAUGCCAAUAUCCAAUUAGGAGAAAUUUAAAUUUCAACUAAUACAGAAUUAUAUCAAGAACCUAAUGAACAUUAUAUGAAAUCAAUAUUGUAUGGCCUGCUUUUGUAAUCACUUCUUUGAAAUUGAAGAGUACUGUUGCCCCUAAAUGUUCCCUUCUAUUCUCCUACCCUUCCUCCGUCCUGUCCCGUUCCGUUUCCCCCCCCCCCCCCCCCCCCUUCUCCCUCCCAGUUUAAUAUCAUGUAUUACUGUCUUUCUCCUGGGAUGACUGUCUAGAAGUUACAGAUUGCUAACAUUAUGUUCAAUUUCCUCAAGUGUGAGAGAGAGAGAGAGAGUGUAUGUGUGUGUGUGUAUGUGUGUGUGUUUUUAAGAGAAAGCACAGUUUAAACAUACAUUCAUUGAGGCAGACAAAUAGAACUUGAUACAGUAUUUGUAUCUUUUAAUAGUAUAGCUUUUUCAAUUGUAUGCUUAUUGGGCUCCUGUUGAUUCUUUUAAGUUCAUGUGCUAUCUGUUCUCUUAAACAUUACUCUAAAUUGAACACUCCAUUAUUGGGCAGCAUCCCUCCAAGUUCCAUAAACUUCAGUUUUUGUUUUCAUGUCAAGUAUUUUGACAGUGCCCAAAUGUCAUAGUCAUUAGUUAUGGGCGUAGAUUUCUAACGGAGCUUUAGCUUUUGAAACUGUUCACAUAAUUUAGAAGAGGCCUGUGUGCCUAAAAGCUGUUUUGGUGUUUUGACCUAAUAAAAUGGAUUUUAAUUAAUAGCAGGCAAGAUGUGAAAGUAACCUAUCCCCCCUUGGCUUUUUGGAUGGACCAAACCACUGUAGUGUUAAUUUCCCAGAGCCUCCUCCAAGUCCAUGAUGUUUCAUAAAAUGGCUCUAAAGGAUUUCUGUACUGCAAAGUAAAGCCAAACUCUGGAAAACAGUA